AGACGUGGCGGCUACUGUGUGGGAGUCUUAACGCUUUAGUUUUUUUUUUUUUUUUCUUUUUCUGGACGGGAUCCUCGCCCCUCUUAUCCCGACAUAAGAGAACCGGCUAUCCGAGUUUCUUUCGACUUCGAGUCUUCGUCUUCAAACUCCCUUUCCUACCCUGUUUUUCAAUACGUAAAGGACGAAACGAAAAUGACUAGGAAUCAUGGCCCGAAAUUGCCAGCCCAGCAACUAGCCAUAUUGGCUAUUGCACGGUUCGCUGAACCGAUCGCUUAUACAUCCGUCUUCCCGUACCUCCCCGAGAUGAUAUUGAGCUUCGGCGUCGAAAGAAAAGAGAUCGCGAAAUGGGCCGGUAUUACUAGCGCGGUAUUUUCCCUUGCACAGAGUUUGACGGCCGUGGCUUGGGGUAGAGCCUCAGACCGGCUGGGGCGGAAACCUGUCAUUCUGGCUGGGCUCUUUUUCACGAUGAUCGGCUUCAUAGUGUGGGGCAUGUCGACGAGUUUACCAAUGGCGAUCACUGUUCGUGUUAUGAUGGGAGCUGGUAAUGGAAAUGUUGGUAUUAUUCGAACGAUGGUUGCGGAGAUGGUAACAGAGAAGGAACUCCGGCCAAGAGCAUUCUCCAUCAUGCCGUUGGUCUGGAGCGUCGGGUCCGUAUUCGGUCCAGCUUUCGGCGGCCUAUUUGCGAAGCCUGCUGAUCAAUGGCCUAACAUUUUUGGUAACAUUGCUUUCUUCAAAAAUUAUCCAUUCGCUUUCCCGAACUUGAUAGGCUCCGUCUUCUUUCUGGUAUCUCUCACGACUGGGUUUCUUUUCCUCAAAGAAACCCUUCAUAGCAAACGUAACUCUCAAGAUUGGGGUCUAGUUCUUGGCGAACGUAUCAUGAAUAUAUUCAGGAGUCAUCCGCGCCGACGGGCUCAGCGUCGCCAGCGACAUUCCGCUCAGGAUGAUGAAGUAUCAGCACCCCUAUUGGAUUCGGAUGCGCCCUCAAAAACGGCUGAUGUUACCGUUGUCGAAUCAAGGAUCGAAAAGCAUAAACCUUUACCCCUUCUUUCGGUGUUUACUCGUCAGAGUGUUAUCAAUCUUGUUGCGUACACAAUCUUAGCUCUGCACUCGGUUUCGUUCGACCAGGCUUUGCCCGUAUUCCUAAACUAUCCGCCGCAAGAACAUACACCUGAGAAUACGUCGCUUCCAUUCGUCUUCAGUGGCGGUUUUGGGUUGACUCACACGCAUAUUGGUACUAUCUUCGCAGGUGAAGGCAUCAUAUCUGGUUUGGUCCAAUUUCUAGUCUUCCCACCGCUAUGCACCCAUUUUGGCAUAUUGAAUUGCUACAAGGCUUCCGUCCUCGUCUUCCCGAUUGUCUACAUCCUCACACCGUUUACCGUGCUCGUUGAGGGCACUAUAAUGCGCUAUACCGCACUAUGCAUCCUCUUAACUCUGAAAACAUUCGCUGUCAUUGUCGGGUUCCCCUGCACUACCCUUCUACUUACCAACAGUGCCAAGAGCUUAAGUGUCCUAGGAACGUUAAACGGUUUUGCGACUACGUUUAGUGCCCUUGGCCGAGCUACUGGCCCUGCUAUGACGGGUGCUGUUUUCACAUAUGGUGUAAAACGGGGUAUGAUUGGUCUGCCAUGGUGGCUCAUAGCCGUCAUAGCGAUCCUAGGUGCCGUGCCCGCAUGGACGAUCAUCGAAGGUGACGGGCCGAGUGAUGUGGGUUCUUUAUCUGACAGCGAGGACGAGGAUGAUACGGAGGUUGAUAGCGAGCUCGCUGUCGAUGAUGACGAGUUUAGAACUAGUCAGGCCAGCACUAUUGUCGUGCCAGAACAGCCGCAUAUAACGGAGGAUGCUCCGUUAAUAAGUAGCGUCGAGACCUCGCAGGCUAGUAAUGGCUACGGGACGCUAGAGACUGGGGAUAGCCCCUCUCAGGUUUUUCGAGGGAACGUUACCACGGCUUAAUUUAGUAUAUAACGGGUUUGAUGUUGGUUGCGAAUAGACCCCAAAAUAGGGGCGGGUUGGUUAAACGGUAUUUAAAGUGAGAUACUCUACGUGAUCGAAUAGACAAGGAUGUAGACGAAGCAGCAGCAAAAUCAUCAGUCACUGUCUCUAUCAUCGGAAGGCGUUACGGACUCGAAAAUGGAUUUGGGGUUAACCAGGGCCGAGUAGAAUAGUAUUGUUAGCAUUUAGUAACUAGCAUUAUCAUCUUCGAAAUUUGA